CCAGAUCUACUCGCCAUCCCCUACUUCGAAACCAAAUCCUAGGGUUUUAGUUUUCACUUCCAAACUGACUUCAUUACGACCCAGGUGUUGAAUUCAGUCUCCGUUUAACCAAUUUGGUAUUUCAAGAACCCUAAUUCUGUUUCCAUUUUUUGGUUUCUGUCAACAAUGCAGAGCUCGUCAACGAGCUCGGUGGCUCAACCAGAUGCCAUAUUGGAUUGGCUUCAGAAGGAAAUGGGUUAUAGACCAUUGGGUCCUUACAUUGCUUCAAGUAAAGCAUCAAUGCCAUCCUCUGAUGCAAUUCGUAGGGUUUGCCGUGGGAACAUGAUUCCUAUCUGGAAUUUCUUAUUGAAAAGAGUUAAAUCGGAGAAAACGGUUGAUAAUAUCCGGCGGAACAUUUUGGUUCACGGGGGAAAGGAGAAUGAUGGCGGUGGUGUGGAGGCGGGAAAAAGUGGGGAGGUUGGAAGGCGGAGUAGAGGAGGAGGGAGGAGGAAGGAGAAGGUGGUAGGGAGGGAUGGUGGAAGUUCCGGUGGUGGUUCAGGGGAGAGUAAUAGUAGAGAGACGGCGGUGCAGGAGAGGGAAUUGGCGGAGAAGGAGGUGGAGCGGUUGCGGCAUAUGGUGAGACGGCAGCGGAAGGAGUUGAAGGCUCGGAUGUUGGAGGUGGCGCGUGAGGAGGCUGAACGGAAACGGAUGCUAGACGAACGGUCGAAUUACAGGCACAAACAGGUGAUGUUGGAUGCUUAUGAUCAACAAUGUGAUGAAGCAGCUCGGAUAUUUGCCGAAUAUCAUAAGCGUCUUCGUUCCUACGUUAAUCAAGUUAAGAAUGCUCAGAAACCAGAUGGCGAUUCUUCUGUUGAUGGUGAGAAAGGAGACGUUUAUUCUACCGUAAAAGGCUCAAAACCCGCAGUAGAUGAUGUAAUUCUCAUCGAAACAAGCAGGGAAAGAAAUAUCCGCAAGGCGUGUGAAUCUCUUGCAACUCAAAUGAUCGAAAAGAUUCAAAACUCUUUUCCCGCAUACGAAGGAAGUGGUAUCCAUUCAAAUCCUCAGCUCGAAGCUGCGAAAUUAGGUGUUGAUGUUGAUGGGGAUAUACCCGAUGAGGUGAAAGGUGUGAUUCUUAAUUGUCUUCGAAGUCCUCCUCAGUUGCUUCUGGCGAUAACGACCUACACUCAGAGGUUGAAAUCUAUAGUUGCUAAAGAAAUAGAGAAAAUUGAUGUGAGAGCUGAUGCAGAUAUGUUGAGGUACAAGUACGAAAAUAAUAGAGUAAUGCACGAUUCUUCUCCCGAUGUAAACUCGCCAUUACCGUUUCAACUUUAUGGUAAUGGUAAGAUUGGGGUGGAUAUGCCUUCAAAAGGAACUCAAAAUCAACUUCUUGAAAGACAGAAAGCACAUGUUCAGCAAUUUGUGGCUACCGAAGAUGAACUCAACAAAGCUGCGGAGGCGAGAAGCAUGUGCCAAAAGCUUUUAAAGCGUUUAUGUGGACGUGUUGACAUAGACCCUUCACCUUCUCUUGGUGUUGGAGGGACCUCACAGACUAUGAGUAGUCUUAGGCAGUUGGAGCUCGAGGUUUGGGCGAAGGAAAGAGAAACUGCGGGAUUGAAGGCUAGCUUGACGACAUUGAUUUCCGAAGUUCAACGAUUGAACAUGUUGUGUGAAGAGAGGAAGGAAGCGGAAGAUUCUUUAAAGAAAAAGUGGAAGAAGAUUGAAGAGUUUGAUGCUCGGAGAUUGGAACUUAAGUCCAUCUAUAGUGCUCUAUUGAGAGCAAACAUGGAUGCUGCGGCAUUUUGGAGUCAGCAACCUUUAGCUGCUCGGGAGUAUGCAUCAAGUACCAUUAUUCCGGCAUGCAGAGUUGUUAUUGACAUAUCAAACGGCGCAAAAGAUCUUAUUGAUAAAGAAGUUUCGUCCUUCUAUCGAAGUCCCGACAAUAGCCUUUACAUGCUUCCAUCAACCCCACAGGCACUUUUGGAGUCUAUGGGUUCUACUGGUUCUUCUGGACUUGAUGCAGUCGUUGCUGCAGAAAAGAAUGCCGCCCUUUUGACUGCAAGAGCCGGUGCCAGAGAUCCAUCUGCAAUUCCUUCAAUAUGCCGCGUUUCUGCAGCCCUUCAGUAUCCUGCAGGCUUGGAGGGUUCGGACGCCGGCUUAGCAUCGGUGCUUGAAUCAAUGGAAUUUUGUUUGAAAUUGCGGGGUUCCGAAGCUUGUGUAUUGGAGGACUUAGCAAAGGCUAUCAAUUUGGUUCAUAUUAGAAGGGAUCUUGUUGAAAGUGGUCAUGCAUUACUAAAUCAUGCUUAUCACACUCAACAAGAUUACGAAAGGACAACAAGUUACUGUUUAGAUCUGGCUUCGGAACAAGAAAAGACCAUCACAGAGAAGUGGUUGCCUGAGUUAAGGAAUGGAGUUGUGAACGCUCAGAAGAGUCUCGAUGAUUGCAAAUAUGUCAACGGGUUGCUCGAGGAGUGGUGGGAACAACCCGCCUCAACGGUGGUUGAUUGGGUAACGGUGGAUGGGCAAAACGUCGCAGCGUGGAACAAUCAUGUGAAACAACUCCUUGCUUUUUACGAUAAGGAACUUCUAUGAAUACGCACGUUCUUGAAGUUCCUUCGUCCACCUUCAUCUUAAUUCAAGCAUACGCUUGGAGACUUAUUCUUGGUGCUAAUUAAUUACACAUGGAUGUAGUCCGGGAAAAAAUCUCUCUCCAUGGAGACACAUAUUUGAAAGCCAGUUUAUGGUAGAGGCCAUGUUUGUGUACAUCUUACCCUCCCCGGACCCCACUUCUAGGUGGGAUACACUGGGCUCGUAUGGUUUGGUUUAGUUUGCUUUUACGAUCUAGUUGCUCUGUAUAGAUGGUGUUUGCCAUGCAAGUGAUAUUGUAUCAUAACGUUGUUUCUAGCCAAGGGUUGUGAGUGGAUUUUGUUCGGUUUGCUUUUGUUAUAAUGUAACCAAAUACAGAGGUUUGGGGUUUGUAUUCACAUGUGAAUUGUAACUUGUAAUGCGUGAUAUGUUCUUGAUUGAACUCGAAAACCGAAAUCUUGUUAUCGUUUUUAUUUCGUCCUUGAUUUUGUUAAUGUUGCAGUCGAAUGAUAAUUUCAUGGUUAUCCGUUUUAGCAAGCAUCCAUGUAGAGAUGGGCAUCCUUAACCGGUU